AUGCGUUCUCUGACGACCGCGCCGGGGCAGGGGGGGUCGCGCGCGCGGAGCGGGGGAUAUUUCCCCGCGCGCAAGCGCUUGGUGAUACGCGCGAACGUCGGCGGCACGCACAGGGUCGCGUUCACCGCGGGAGGGGACGUCCUCGCGACCGCGGGGGACGACAAGGUCGUGUCGUUGUGGGACGCGGGCUCGGGCGUCGCGACCGGCCCCGGUAGGCUCGCCGGUCACGCCGGCGCGUUGCUCGACGUCGACUUCAGCGGCGGCGAGAACGGGGGUGGGGGCGGGGGCGGGGAUCUGACGGUCCUCGGCGCGGGGGCGGAUAAGUCCAUUCGGCUGUGGGACGCGGUCACCGGGAAGUGCAGGCACGCGCUGCGAGGUCACGCGGAGAAGGUGUGCGCCGCGCGAUUUUCGCCGUUUGAAAACACGCGCGCGGCGUCGUGCUCGCACGACAAAACGAUCAAGGUGUGGGACCUGAACAAAGGGUUUUGCGUCGCGAGCAUCAUGUGCGCGAGCAACUGCAACGCGGUGACGUACGGCGACGGCGCCGGGGUCGUCGUCACCGGCCACUUCGACGGCGCCGCGAGGGUGUGGGACGUGCGAAGGAAGCCGGGGAACGCGUGCGAUCCGAUCGAAGUCAGAGCGCACGAGCAGCACGUCACGUCCGUGACCGCGAUGCCGAACAACCGAGCCCAGUUCCUGACGAGCGGCAAAGACCACACGCUGAAGCUGAUCGACCUCAGAGGGGGCGCGCAGGGCGAGGUCGUGAAGACAAUCAAGGCGAGCGGGUACAGAGUCUGGACGCAAUGGGCCAACGCGUGCGUGUCCCCGGACGGCGCGCACGUCGUCGCCGGGGGCGCGGACGGCGCCGUGUUCGUGUGGUCUCUGUCCGACGAAGGGCUCAAGGUGACGCUGAGAGGGCACGACGCCGCGGUCGCGACGUGUGCGUGGGGGCAGAGCGGUCUCGCGACCGCGGACAAGAACGGCGUCGCGGUUCUUUGGUCGGAGUGA